AAAGCUAAUCGGACCAAUCAGCUUUAGCAGUGCAUCCCGCGGACUCCCAAUGACCUACUGCCUUGUUGGACGGUUUGCUUUGGGCGGAAGCGGCUGUGAAGCCUAAGAGGAGAAACAUGGGGGUGAAGCUUGAGGUGUUUCGGAUGACCAUCUACCUCACCUUCCCUGUGGCUAUGUUCUGGAUUGCCAAUCAGGCCGAGUGGUUUGAGGACUAUGUCAUACAGCGCAAGAGGGAGCUGUGGCCCCCUGAGAAGGAGGACCAGCGCCGAGAGCUAGAAGAAUUCAAAGAGAGGAUACGGAAGCAGCGGGAGGAGAAACUCCUUCGUGCUGCCCAGCAGAGCCCCUGAGGCCUCCACGUGCGGGAAUUCCAGCCCUCCCCACAGAAUAACACACACACGGUUCUUUGUUUGCUCA